UAGACCGUCCCCCGUCUUCUCCAGGCGCUCAGGAAGACUAAAGAACGGCUCUUAACCAAAGAGUCGAGAAGUAAAGGGGGGGGGGCAAUUUCCGGAACGAGCAGGGAAAAGUGCGGUGGCGCAUGCGCGCCCCCUCAAACACCGGAGACCGCUCUCCUCAUAGCUGGGCUCCUUCGGGUCCCCUUAGUCGGUGAGCGGCGGGAGCAGCGAGCGAGCUGUGCUGCGGGCGGCCACACAAUUUCCGCCUGUUCGGCCACCUCCGGAGUCCACAGCUGACCGAAAAAGCCGGAUUGGGUUGAGGAGGCAAGCAGCGCAAGAAGAAAAAAACUGCGAGGCAGAAGAAGAGGAGGAAGAGGAGAAUCCUCCGUCGCCGCCGCCGCCCCCUGAAGCCCGGCCGGUCCGGACCGGGACGGCGCUAGAAGACGAAGACGAGGAGCAAGAACCGGAGCGGCCCUCAUCCCACAAAGUGGCCGCACCGAGUCCAUGAAUGGAAAUCGGCAGCGCAGGAACCGUUGGGGCUCAGCCCCUACUCAUGGUACCCCGACGACCUGGCUAUGGCACCAUGGGAAAACCUAUUAAACUGCUGGCCAACUGCUUCCAAGUUGAAAUCCCAAAGAUUGACGUCUACCUCUAUGAGGUGGAUAUUAAGCCAGAUAAGUGUCCUAGGAGAGUGAACAGGGAGGUAGUAGAUUCAAUGGUGCAACAUUUUAAGGUGACAAUAUUUGGUGACCGUAGACCAGUUUAUGAUGGUAAAAGAAGCCUUUAUACAGCCAAUCCACUCCCUGUAGCAACAACUGGGGUUGAUUUGGAUGUAACAUUGCCAGGAGAAGGUGGCAAAGAUCGUCCCUUCAAGGUGUCCAUAAAAUUUGUUUCCCGGGUAAGCUGGCACCUAUUGCAUGAAGUUCUGACUGGACGAACCUUACCUGAGCCUCUGGAAUUGGACAAGCCAAUCAGCACUAACCCUGUUCAUGCUGUUGAUGUGGUGCUACGACAUUUACCCUCCAUGAAGUAUACACCUGUAGGCCGUUCCUUUUUUUCUGCUCCUGAAGGCUAUGAUCAUCCGUUGGGAGGUGGCAGGGAAGUCUGGUUUGGAUUUCAUCAGUCUGUUCGGCCGGCAAUGUGGAAAAUGAUGCUGAAUAUAGAUGUUUCUGCCACUGCCUUCUACAAAGCACAACCUGUAAUUCAGUUCAUGUGUGAAGUUCUUGAUAUACACAACAUUGAUGAACAGCCACGACCUCUUACUGAUUCUCACCGUGUAAAAUUCACCAAAGAAAUAAAGGGUCUGAAGGUUGAAGUGACUCAUUGUGGAACGAUGAGGCGGAAAUAUCGUGUCUGUAAUGUUACACGGAGACCUGCUAGUCAUCAGACAUUUCCAUUGCAGCUAGAAAAUGGUCAGACUGUGGAGAGAACAGUAGCACAGUAUUUUAGAGAAAAGUACAACCUACAGCUGAAAUACCCUCACCUUCCUUGUCUACAAGUGGGACAGGAGCAGAAACACACCUAUCUGCCUCUUGAAGUGUGUAACAUCGUGGCUGGCCAGCGAUGUAUUAAGAAGCUUACAGACAAUCAAACAUCAACAAUGAUAAAAGCAACAGCCAGAUCUGCACCUGACAGACAAGAAGAAAUCAGCAGACUGGUGCGAAGUGCAAAUUACGAUGCUGACCCAUUUGUUCAGGAAUUCCAGUUUAAAGUACGUGAUGAGAUGGCUCAUGUGACGGGGCGUGUGCUCCCAGCUCCCAUGUUGCAGUACGGAGGGCGGAAUCGAACAGUAGCGACACCAAGCCAUGGAGUAUGGGAUAUGCGGGGGAAACAGUUUCACACAGGUGUGGAAAUCAAGAUGUGGGCUAUUGCUUGCUUUGCAACACAGAGGCAAUGUCGCGAAGAAAUACUAAAGGGUUUCACAGACCAGCUGCGCAAAAUUUCUAAGGACGCAGGGAUGCCAAUCCAGGGCCAGCCUUGCUUCUGUAAAUAUGCCCAAGGUGCUGACAGUGUGGAGCCCAUGUUUCGACACCUUAAAAACACAUAUUCAGGACUCCAGCUCAUCAUCGUCAUCCUGCCAGGAAAGACCCCAGUGUAUGCGGAGGUGAAGCGUGUGGGGGACACACUUCUAGGGAUGGCUACACAGUGUGUUCAAGUCAAGAAUGUCAUAAAAACAUCUCCUCAGACUCUCUCAAACUUGUGCCUAAAGAUUAAUGUAAAAUUGGGAGGAAUCAACAAUAUCCUUGUACCUCAUCAACGACCUUCUGUGUUCCAACAACCAGUGAUCUUCUUGGGAGCCGAUGUUACUCAUCCACCUGCUGGGGAUGGAAAGAAGCCUUCCAUUGCUGCUGUUGUAGGUAGCAUGGAUGCUCAUCCAAGCAGGUACUGUGCCACAGUGAGAGUCCAGAAACCCCGCCAGGAGAUCAUCCAAGAUUUGGCUUCCAUGGUUAGAGAACUUCUCAUCCAGUUCUACAAAUCAACACGGUUCAAACCCACACGAAUCAUCUUCUAUCGUGACGGAGUUUCAGAAGGACAGUUUCGACAGGUGUUGUAUUAUGAGCUGCUGGCAAUUAGAGAGGCUUGUAUCAGCUUGGAAAAAGACUAUCAGCCUGGCAUAACAUACAUCGUGGUUCAGAAGAGGCAUCAUACGAGGCUGUUUUGUGCUGAUAGGACAGAAAGGGUUGGAAGAAGUGGAAACAUCCCUGCUGGAACAACAGUAGAUACGGAUAUCACGCAUCCUUACGAAUUUGAUUUUUACCUCUGUAGCCAUGCAGGAAUACAGGGUACCAGCCGCCCCUCACACUAUCAUGUCUUGUGGGAUGACAAUUGUUUCACUGCAGAUGAACUUCAGCUGCUAACUUACCAGCUCUGCCACACCUAUGUACGCUGCACACGAUCUGUGUCUAUACCUGCACCAGCUUAUUAUGCUCACCUGGUAGCAUUCAGAGCAAGAUACCACCUUGUGGACAAAGAACAUGACAGUGCCGAAGGAAGCCAUGUUUCUGGACAGAGCAACGGAAGAGAUCCCCAAGCCCUCGCGAAGGCUGUACAGAUUCACCAAGACACCUUACGCACCAUGUACUUUGCUUAGCUAAAUAUAAAAUAGAGAUAGAUAGAUAUAUAUAUUAAAAAAAAUGAGAUGGAACCUGUUCACGAAAGAAAGAACUGUAGAAUUAAGUCACAUACAGUGUAUGUUUCCAGAGCAAUUGGUGAAUGGGGGAGGGAGCAGCUCUGCCUUGCUGUAGCUGAUUUCUGUUUUUGUGGGAACGGGGAGCAGGCCUUAUCCUUGUCCUGAUGCAAGGAAGAUUGUUUACUUCACCAAGAACACGCCACUUAUUAUGCAAUACGAAACCAGCCAACUGCUUUCGGAGCAGCUUCCUAUGGGAAGUGCUGUUGUCAUCCUCUUUUCCUUUGUGCGUUUGGAUCUCUGUGUUUCUUUUGGGGGGUUGGGAGGGAGGGAGGAGUAGUCUAAUCCUUUUUAUGCCUUUACCUCAAGUUGCUCAGCAGCACAACUCUUUCUGCAAAAAAAAAAAAAAAAAAAAAAAAACAACCCA